CACUUGCGAGUUAUAGCAUCGUCUUCGAAUUCGUUAUCGGUGAAUAGAGAUAAAAGAGAGAGAGAGAGAGAGAAAGAAAGAAAGAGAGAAAGAGAAAGAGAACAAGAGAGAGAAAAAGAAAACCAGCCUAACGAAAAACAAAUCGCGCCAAGAUAAAUGCCAGCCACGUGGAAGGAUACUAAGGACUCUAAGGAGAGAUAGGACUAUUCCGAAAUGAUGAUUUCGAGAUAUCAAGUUCUCGCUGCGAUCGCGCUGCUUACGACCAUCUUGUUUUAUCGGACAAUGGCGCAAGUCGAUGGUUACACACCUGGUGUCGAUUAUCCUAUUUACAAUUCCGUACCAUUUGGGCUCACCUUUACCUGCGGAGGAAAGUUACCUGGAUAUUAUGCGGAUCCCGAAGCAAGAUGUCAAGUUUGGCACUGGUGUUUACCGAACGGUCGGCAAUUCAGUUUCCUUUGUCCUAACGGCACAGUCUUCAGUCAAACGGCACGAGUCUGUGAUUGGUGGUUCAAGGUCGACUGUAACGAUUCUCCGAGACUUUACGGCAUUAACGAUGACCUCUACAGAGACAUCAAUGGAAACAGGAUUUAAUAUUGUCAAAGAAUUCCCGUAGGAAUAAGUGUAUAUUAAUAAAGGAUUCUUUUUCUAUAAAUUUA